UCGGUGCGUCAGUGUUGCUGGACCCAUCACUACCAAAAAUUAACUUUACCCAAGAGUUUUCAGGACUUGCCUCUUCAAUUCAAACAACACAUUUUGGAUAUUUUGUUUGAAGGUCAUGGGGAUAAUAGAUGUUGUUUUUACUCAGUUGACAAACUCUGUCUUCUUAGUAUGUGUUGUGACAGCGCUCCUGCUCAUCUUCUUCAUAGCUUCUUCAAUCUUCAGUUCCCAAAGAAAUGGAAAGGAGCCUCCAAGACCCAGAGCAGUUCCUUUGGUUGGGAAUCUGCUGCAGCUGGACCUCAAAAGACUGGAUAACUCAUUAAUGGAGUUAUCCAGGAAAUAUGGAUCAGUCUUCACUGUCUAUCUGGGACCAAAAAAAGUGGUGAUUCUGGCAGGAUACAAGACGGUGAAGGAGGCACUUGUUGACUAUGAUGAAGUGUUUGGAGACAGAAUUUCAUUGAAGGUUUUGGAUGAUUAUAGCCAAGGACAUGGGCUCUUGUGGUCCAACGGUGAAACCUGGAAGGAAAUGAGGCGCUUUGCACUGACUAAUCUGAGAGACUUUGGGAUGGGCAAGAGAGCAUGUGAGGACAAAAUAAUUGAGGAAUGUCAACACCUGAUUGACAUUUUUGAGAAUUUUAAAGGAGAAGCUUUUGAUACAACCCAUCCAAUUAACUGUGCAGUCUCUAAUAUUACCUGCUCCAUUGUCUAUGGCAGCAGAUUUGAAUAUAAUGAUCCUGAAUUUACAUCGAUGAUAGAUCGAGUGAAUAGAAAUGCUAAAAUUCUGGGCUCUCCUUCAAUACAGCUGUACGACAUGUUUCCAUCACUCUUCAAGUGGACUGCUGAUAGGAAGGAAUUCUGCAAACUGACUGAUGCCAAUAUGAAACAAAACAGAGCCAUCUUCAGUCGUUUAAAAGAGACUCUGAAUCCACAGGUCUGCAGAGGCUUUGUGGACGCCUUUCUGGUCCGCAAGCAGAAUCUCGAGGCAUCAGGGAUUACCAACAGUCACUUCCAUGAUGAUAACCUUUUGAUAACAGUCAUGAAUCUGUUUGCUGCCGGCACUGAGACAACAUCAACUACAUUGAGAUGGGGACUUCUGCUUAUGGCCAAGUAUCCAAAGAUCCAGGAUGAGGUCCAGGAGGAGCUGAGGAGGGUCAUAGGAGACCGACAGGUGCAGGUUGCUGACAGGAAAAACCUGCCCUUCACUGACGCCGUCAUCCAUGAGACACAGAGACUGAGCAGCAUCCUCCCCACUGCACUUCCUCAUAAAACCACCCGAGACAUCACUUUUCAGGGUCACUUUAUCGAGAAGGGAACCACAGUGUUUCCUCUCUUGAUAUCUGUCCUGCAUGAUCCAAAUGAGUGGGAGAGGCCACACAGCUUUUAUCCUGCUCAUUUCUUGGACAAAGAGAAAAAGUUUGUCAAGCGAGAUGCCUUCAUUCCCUUUUCUGCAGGUCGCAGGAUUUGCCUGGGAGAGAGUCUGGCCAGGAUGGAGCUCUUCCUCUUCUUCACCACCCUCCUGCAGCAUUUUCGUUUCACUCCUGCACCUGGAGUUUCAGAGGAUGAAUUAGAUCUGACUCCAGCUGUGGGUUUUACUCUCAGCCCUUCGAUUCACAAAUUAUGUGCUGUUUCCCAAAUGUGAGGAAGAGAUGGUCUUUACAAGCUUUCAGUCAAUUUUAAGCAGAAUAUUUCCUUCUGUCCUUUUGUGUCCUUUAUUUCAGAGUCACUGAUUUACAAAAUGUUUAGUUCAUUUGUUCCUUUAGUUUCAAAUUAAUUUUAUUAGCCCAGUCUCAUGUAGGUAAAGAUGUCAUAUCUGCGUGUUGGCUUUAGAAUAGUCUCUGAAUAGCUGUCUGUAAAGUUUUGAUUGACAAUAAAGGCAGAAUGUUUUGAUUACUUAAAAAAGCUACACCAGCACAUGUCUCACUCUCUCACUUGCUUUUAAGCUGCAACAUGUUAAACAUUUUCCUCCACAAUAAAGAUCAAAUGC